UUCGGCGUGCCCUGCCGCUGCCGCCCGUCCCGUGCCUUGCCCUUGGCCCAUCAGCGCUGUCGCGUGUCGUACGGCCCGCGCCGUGUCCGCUCCGCGUCGUGUCGCAGACACGUCCCGUGUGUGAUGAGUGACUUGUGUCCGCGCGCUUGUUCCAGUGACCCUCAAGACUUGUUUUUAUUUAUUUGUGUGCGCGCCGUGCCGCGCUGUCCGCCGCCGCCUAUGCUGCGCGGCUGCUCGGCCUGAAGGCUGAAGAAGGAGAAGGAGCGCUUGCUUGUCAAGCGAAAACCAGCGGGGCGACCUCACAGUGGUGAUGGAUUCUGUUUGAGUGGCCGCUGCACCAGUGUACAAAAUAUUUUUAAGUUUUUAGUGUAUGAAAACCAUGGAAGAGAUGGGAGACCAGGUUUACGCGGCCGAGCGGAUUAUGAAGAAGCGGACGAGACGGGGAAAAGCAGAGUAUCUAGUUAAAUGGAAAGGAUGGAGUCAAAAACACAAUACCUGGGAACCUGAGGAAAAUAUACUGGAUGGGCGUUUGAUUGACAGUUUUGAAGAAAGUGAAGCAAAACGGGGAGAUUCUCAUGUUAAACGAGGACCAAAGAAGAAGGAUUCUACCAAAGAGAGGAGAAGUACUAGAGAUGACCCCGAUGAUACAGUUGGUGAAGAGAGCCAAGAUGAAGAGUCCUCCAACAGUACCAAUACAAGUACCAGUCAAAACGUGUCAAAGCCUCGAACAACAAUCAAUUCUACAGCCUCAAAUGCUCCAGUUUUUAUACCCACUAGCUCCCCUUCUGUCAAUUCCUCAACAACUUCAUCUAAUAACGCCAAAUCCAAAGAAGGGAAGAAGGACGAAGAUGCGAGUGAGAGAGUAACUUCUGAUACAAAACCACCGGUUUCUACGACCUUACCUCUAACUACAGCAACAGCAACCACCACAACCACCACCACUACUACGAAUAAAACUGUUCCGAAAUCGGAGUCUGAUCUUCCCACCGGGGAAUCUUCCCCAGUUGAUACUGAUAAAAAGGCUGUUGAUGUUGUUACCAAGAAGGAAGAGAAAGAAAAGGAGACAGAAGCAGAAUCAGAAAAGGAAAAAGACAAGGAUCAAGGCACUAAAAGGAAAGCAGAAGUCUUAUCAAAAGAAUCUGGCAAAAUUGGUGUUACAAUAACAACAAGCAGCCCAACUUCUGCUGCAAGCCCUCCCCCCGUUAAGCAGCCCAAACUACAGAGCACUCCUAUUCCAGCUAAUGAAACAUCAACAACUCCCUCCCCAACUUCUGCUGUAAAACCUGUUACACCACGGAGACCCUCUAGUGAUGUUCCUGCUGCAUCAGUUAAUAGCACUGCGAGACCACCCUCAAGUCCACAAUUGAGGCCUCCAACAUCUGCCUCAAGCACCAAGACCCCAACUACCCCACAACCUCCUCCAUCAAAUUUGACUGUUCCUGUGAAAAAUCCUUGCCCCUCUCCUCGCUUGCCGGACCCACCAGCCUCUGAUAACUUGAGUCAAACCAGUACAGUGCAGCUUACAUGCACAAUUGCACCAAAUCAACCAAGAACUGAAGAUGCGUCACCACCUCUUCUAAAUGGCCUUAACAACAAUAAUGUUAGUAAACACAACAAUAACAACAACAAUAAUAACAACAACUUGUCAGAUGAAGAUGAAAAAUUACAUCCACCUCAUCUUGUUAGUCAAGUUGUUGCCACAAGCCCUGAAUAUUGGCUGAAUCGCAAUCCUGUGGCUGAUCAAGUUGUCAUAACAGAUGUAACUGUUAAUCUUUCUACGGUGACAAUUCGUGAGUGCAAGACUGAAAAGGGCUUUUUCAAAGUUCGUGGUUCAGAUCAUGGUAAACAAGGUGGUGUCAUAUGACUGACAAGUGGUUUUCUGCACAAUGUGUAUUUUUACCAGUGACAUUUAAGACUACAUUUACCUAAUGUUUAGGUAAAUUAAUGCUCCCUCAUUAAUGAAGCAAUCGCUACAUUAGUAAAAAAAUAGUUCAAAACUCCCUAUUUAGUUCUGUGUUUCUUACCUGUAAUUUUUAUGAAGAACAUCAUUCCCUGUAUAUCUGUUGUUAUGCAGUUAAAUGCGUGUUUGAACCCAAAUGAAGACUUGUGCUUAAGAGUUUAUUUUCAUUGUACUUUUUUUGUGUAUAGCAAUAAUAAUUUUAUUCAGGGUGCAAUUAAAUUUUUAUUCUUUAUGUUACAUGCUGGAAAACUGAUAAUAUUGCUUCACUUCUCUAAGCAAUUCUAUCAGAAUCCUGUCUCAUGGAGUUCUAUCUCUUUGAAAAGGAACCAAAGCAAAAGUGUACAUAUAUCUUGUUGUAAUACUAUUGUAUAUGAGUGUUGUAAAUUCUGUAUAGGUGUGGUAAUCCAAAUUUGCUUAAAAUGGUAGCCCACAUGAAGAUUAUAUUUAUUUGAAUCUCUAGUGAUAAUAAGUUUUAUAACCUGCUAUUUAAUUAACUUGCUUUCAUUGGUGGAGCAGAAUAUCUUAUAUCUAUCUUGUUCUUAUUUAUUUAUUAUUUAUGAUCUGUCUGGAACAGAUAUGGCAGGUACAAACCUGUGCUGUCCUACAGUUGAAUGAAUAUGUUGCACUGUGAUCUGUCCACGCUUUCCUUUCAUUCAUUUUCAGAAACCAUUAAGUUCACGUUUUAUGGAACUGCUGUCCUUAUUUUAAUUCCUCUUUUUACCAAUAAGUUUGGUAUUUUUGUAGAAAGUACCUUUGUUUUUACCUAAUGUCGCUAUCCAAAAAUUGUCAUUUAAAAAAUUUAGAGCGUAGGUCAAUUGACAGGAAUCCUUGUGACCUACCUAUGACUGUUUUCUCUGAAUCUUUGAAGACUGUAUUUUGAUAUGGAUAUGAGUAAUCCUUGACUUGACAAAAAAUGUUCGUUACUUUUAUAAUGACUGUUCCCCAUGACCACACUCUUUUCGUGUGAACUUAGUCUUCACAUCCCUUUCCCAAAAAUGUGACCAGCUUAGUUCAAUCAAUAUUCACACUCCCUUGUGGCAAUUGGUUUUUUUCCAUGUCAAAAUGUUGUUUGUCUUGAGAUUUGCUGUGUUAGAGCUUGCUUUUGAACAUUAGGUUGAUGAGUAAGUUUUGUGAAAAAUGUGUUUGUGUGCAUUCUAACACCCUCUCUGCAAGAGCAUCUUACAUGCUUUUCAUGUGGACAGAAAACAAUUAAUUUACUUUUGAUUUCUCACAACACUUCCAAUGAUUGUGCUAUAUGAACGUACUAUUUUAAUGGUAGGAGUAGUAUUACCGUACUUUCAUUAGCUGUUAAAGAAAGCACUCUCAUUGUUAAUGUUGUUACUAAGUUCUUGAUUAUUAUUGUUAUAUGAAUAAUGUAAGGUUCAGGGUGUCUGAUAUGGGCAAGCUGUUUGUUUGUUGUUUUUUUUUUUUUAAUUCCUAUUUAGUUUCUCUUGCCUAGCCUCACCUACCACCACCACCAUGCCAGGCAAGGUGGUGAUAUAGUGGUGUUUUCAUUCAUAAUUUGUGUUGAAAAUUUUACCCCCCCAAAAUAGAACAGAAGUUCUACACCUUGUAAGUUGUGAUAAUGAAACAGGACUAGCAGUUUGUUGUUUUACAUGUGAAGUUUCUUAUCUCUUACUUUCUUUUAAAAAGAAACUAAGAGUUGGCUUUAGUUACACAGGUUGAAUGACUGUUCUUUUAUAUUUGUUAUCCCUUUCUUUUAUUGUUUGUCUGUAUCUUCCUGUUCUGUCAUCUUCAAUUUCUGUACAUACAACUAUGGCUCUUCCCUUUCUUAGAGCUAAUGAUUUGUAGUGCGGUAUUCCCAGGGUUGUCACACUUUUGUGACUUCAUACUUCAUAUUUCCCCGAUAAUUUAAGGUUUUCUGUUACCAGAUGCAUGGCAACCCUGAUUCUGUGUGAAAUUUAGUGCAUUGUUAAAACAACACUAGCAACAUGUUGAUGUUAAAAGUUCAUUGUUCCAAGACUGUUGGAAUAUAUCUAUUUUGUUUUGGCUGUAAGCCAUAAAUUAUAGAGGCAUAAGCCUCUUACAUGUUAAUUGGUGCCAAAAUUUUUCACACACCCCUGUGUAUUUCCCUGGUCUCUGUUAAAUUCCCAAGAGGGAUUCCUAUGCAUCUUUCUUUUUUUAGUAUUGUGGAAUGCGUGCCUUAAUAGUAGAAAGAUUUCUGAAUUUUAGCAGGCAAUGAGUAAUUUUAGUCGGGUGCUUCAGAGAAAGUAGGACAGUGCUUUUCAUAGGAAGUGUGAAUUGUCUGGUACCUAGGAACUAGGGGACAUCUUCUGUAAAUAAAGUAAUGCAGAGUAUUUCUACAUAUGUAAAGGUUCUUUUGAGAUUC